ACCAUAGCUUGGCAGACUGUAUGCCGAGUUCGUUAAUGUUUGAAAACAGCAGUCACCGGUACCGGCCCCCGUCCAGUAUCGCAAAGUAAAUCUUUCUGGAGAUAACGCAGCAGACAAAGGAAGCAGGGCUCUCAGCGAAACAUAAUCAUCACUAAACCGCGUCCGAGCCCGCUAAGAUGGUGAAUUUCGACGCUUCGCUGAAAUACAUCGGUUCGUACGGUAAAUAUCAGAAGAUCACGUAUUACGUUGUUUUGGCGCUAUGCUUGACUUGCCCAUUCCAUCAGUUGGGCAGCUCGUUUCUUGACGCCGAGGUGGACUACCACUGCGCCGUGCCCGAGUCACGAGCGGCCGAACGUCUGCCGAACGAGACCGAGUGCGUGUGGAACUACUCCAUACCCUGGGAACGGUCUACGGAAGGUGGCACGUGGAGAUACACCCAAUGUUCAAGGUACACUGUGACAGCUUAUGAGUUGGGCAACUUGAGCUGCCCCUAUAACGCCCUCAACAUCACCAGAAAUGACACAAGACCGACAAAAGGAUGUGAUGGGGGAUACUGGUAUGACACUAGCCAGUAUAAAAGUAGCAUAUUCAUGGAGUUCAAUCUUGUGUGCGAGAAAAGUACCCUGAACAGCCUGUCACAGUCCAUUUACAUGGCAGGGGUCCUGGUUGGAGCCAUCGGGUUUGGACAACUUUCUGACCUGUAA